GUGUUGGUGUUGUAAGCGACGUCAACACCACGACGCCACUGUCACGCCGCCUCCACCUCCUCCACUAACCACCACCACAACAGCCACCAGCAAUCCACACCGCCAGGGCAAUAGAGAGCGUGGUCCCAUAGCCUAACUAGCCCCAUAAAAGCCCCCAAGAAGAAGAAGAAGACGCCAUACUGUCACGCCUCCUCCUCGUAGAAGCUCCACUAACCACCACCACAACAGCCACCAGCAACCCACAACGCCAGGGCAAUAGAGAGCGUGGUCCCAUGGCAUAACGAGCGCCCUUAAAGCAUUGAAGAAGAAGAAGGCUCCUCCACAACACAAGGACGUCAACACACCAAAUUGACACAGCAUGGCGGAGGAGGGGUGCCUGCUGGUGAUGGUUGUGGACAUGCACCCACAGCUGGCUGAGCACGACGCACACACCUACUUCAACGCCGUCGUGGCCUUCGCUAACCUCCACCUGGCAGCCAACGCGCGGAACUCCCUCGCUGUGCUGGCCGCCAAUCACCUGGAGUCACGGUUCCUCUACCCAGGCUCCAAUGAAGAUGGGAUUGGGAGACAGAAGGACGGGCGGCUGGAGAUGUUGGGACAAGUGGACCGGGCCAUUGAGAGGGGCGUGAGGGCCAUGGCUGAGGCGGCCGCUAGCACCCCCACCAACCCUGAGCAGAAUGAGUCCCUUCUCUCUGGGGCCAUGGGCAGGGGGCUCCUCUACAUCAAGCGCAAGGAGACCGAGGAGAUCCUGGCCAAGAGGAUGCAAGCCAGGCUACUUGUGCUCAAGAUAUCCUCGGACACGGGCAGCCAGUACCUGACCUACAUCAACACCUACCUCACGGCCCAGAAGUCCUCGACGCCCGUGGAUGUGUGUGUCAUAGGGGGCGACUGCGGCCUCCUGCAGCAGGGCGCCGACAUCACCGGCGGCACCUACCACUGUGUGCGCCAGGUAAACGAGCUUCUCCAGACGCUGCUCCUCAUGUACCACUGCGACACAGCCACCCGCCGCAAGCUGAACACCCCCGCCCCGGACACAGUGGACUACCGCGCGGCCUGCUUCUGUCACCGCACGCUUGUGGACAUGGCCAGCGUGUGCUCCAACUGCCUCUCUGUUUACUGCAAGGCCGUCCCGCUGUGCACCACCUGCAAUGUUAUCUUCCAGACGGACCGACCGCUCGUACGCACGGGCAAGAAGAAGAAGUGAAGUGAUGAGGUGCGUAGAGGAGGAGGAGAGGUUGAGGAAAUGAAGAGAAAUAGCUAGAGAAUUAGGAGGAAGACAAAAGGAAAGGUAUAUGAGGUGGAGGAAGGUAGGAGGAAUGAAGAGGAGAGAAGGCAAAAAGAACAAAAAAAGGGUAGAUAAGGAAAAUUAGUAGGAAGAGGAGGAGGAGGAGAGAAAAUGCAGGGGAGAGAAUAUGACAGGAAUGAAAACGAUUAUAGUCAAGCUUUAUAAUUACUUGGGAGAAUAUGUUAAUCUCGGAGGCAGUAAAACGCUGUGUGUCACUAGUCUGGUUUCUGUUUUCCACACCCCAGAAAUGCUGUGCAGCCUCUCCCUGUCAUGGAAACACAGGACGUAGGAGGACAGGGAUCACAGACCAACAUGACAAGACCUGCUGGCUAGUGACUCCCUUGGGCUGGGCAUCACCUUCCAAGUCUUCCAGCACACUCUGGCAGCUCAGCAGGACCUUCCCCCACUCCAGAGGCACAUCUUAUCACCAACAGUCUCCAGCAACCUGUACCACCCCUGGGGCUCUGUACGGCCUGCCCAGUCCAAUGUAACACUGAGAUGGAAGGGGAAAGAUGUGGUGCCUGGUCGUCCCCCGCCGCUGCUCUCGCCAGGGAGGAGGGGCAUGUGUCCAGCUCAAAAUCUCUUGCCAGGGUGGAGGGAUGUCUUGCAGAGUGGUUAAGCAGCCUGCCUAUCCGACACACUUAAGGGCCGCUCGUCUGUCCGGGAAAGGGGAAGAUUAAAUAGUUAACAGGG